CUUCAGGGAGAGAUAUCCAUCUGCACACUGACGAUCCACGGACUUCAGUUUGGAAGUUGAGCUGAGCUUGGUCGUUAGCAGCAUACCUGUCGUCAUGUCUCGAUCAUGCCAGGCGCAGCUCGGAGCGAACUCAAAGUUGGUUUUGACAAGCCUGGCAUCAUCACGAGCCAUUUUCAUCUGCCUGUACUUCGUCACUUUCGUGCCUGGAAAAUCUGCACAGCAAGUUCUGGUGGAAGGUUCUCCUCCAGGUCCAUUCAGCACCACCAUCAGGUUUCCCUGGCCAGGCACCAGCCCGAACCAAGAAUGCAGAGGCCUGGCGUGGACGAUCAUCGAAUCUGCGAGCGGAAAUUACUCUUUGGAGCACGUAUUGUCGUGUCCGAACCAGACGGUGAAUUGCUGGGUGGGAGUGAGGCGGCUGGGUGCGGAGGAAAACUCGACCCAUGGCCCCCGGUCGGACAACCCUCUCAGAGAUCUGGUGUGGCGAGUCCCCGUCGACCUUCUGCAGCCGACAAACAGUUGCGCUCUUCGAUUCUCGGACGACGGCGACUUGCAGUUCUUCAUCCCACCGCCCGUGGAUCCCGAAACUCUGCUCCCGCACUAUCACGACCCAGGAAUCAUACUCUGGACCAGCAACACGCACGACAAAGGCGCCGUCGACAUCGACCUGCAAGACAACGGCAUCCUCGUCCUCGCCGACGCACAAAAGGCGGUCGUUUGGCAAUCUGCGGACGGCCCCAUUUUCCAGCUCUCUCGUUCACGAGCUCGUCGCAUCCUUUCCGAUUCUCAUGCAGCCAUACUCCUUACAGCAUCGCUCGUAUUUUCAUACGGCACCGCGUCAUUGUAAACAUUCGACCAUCGAUGUACGUAGUAGGGCACUGCUCCCCUUCUUACGAGGAUUCUGUUUGUACAUUUUCGUACAUGGAUCGUAUAUAUUAUCGUAAGCGUCCACUCCACACGAUCCAGCGCAUUCGGAUACGUAUGAGAUUUAUGUACGCACUCUCGUAGAGCACGAAUGUCUAUUGCUGACGGUAUUCGCCAACGAGGCAACGAGGUCCAGAAGUCGAGACAGAAUCAGCGUGAAACGUAUUCCGACCGGGAGGUGAUACGAACGCGUUUGCACUCUCGCUUGUUGGAACGUAGUCGAAUACCGGAAAGGCUUCAAUUCAUACCUGACCUUAGCAACGCAGCGUUAUGAAGUGGUAAAAAAAAAUUCGAGGAUCGAUUGAAAACUGCGGUCAUCAGAUCCGGAAUCAGUCAAUUCCGAUAAUAGAGUCCGAGGAAGAAGAGUCUUAGCGUGGAAAUUUUUGGACAAUUUUAUUAAUUUUCAAUCGACCUCACAUUUCUCGGGCACAUUGCCGGUAUGGCCUGUCACUCUGUGCUCGACGUUGGUGCCAACUUCGGUCCUUCGGCUCUCGUGGACGGGCUGCAGAUGACGAUCUCAAUCCCUCGUCAGCUGCGGAUUUUGUCCCGAGAGACCUUCUUCAUCGGACCUCCUUCAGUGUUCGUCCUGAGGGCGCUUCUCGCGCUUGUGCUCGCUCCAAAGGUCUCCGGGACGUCUUCGAGAACGCGCAUCGCCGACGUUGACGUUGGCUUUCUUCGAGGGGGGCUGAGCACGCUGGGCAUCGUGUUUCUGGCUUGCAGCCCCGGAUCCGGUCUGCGGCUCUUGUAGCCCCCGUAACAGCGCAUGCAGAAAUGAGUUUCGUCCACGUCGGUCUUUGCGGCUGGCCACGACAGGAGCCGCAACCGACGCUUCCACUACCUCCUCUUCUGCACUAAGAACGCCGAAGAAAUUCUUCACAGUCGUCGUCGACGACAUGUCUCAACACUGCAACCCUUUGCAGAUGCUUUGCUGUAUGGAAUUAUUCACCUCUCGUUCGAUCCUCGAAAGAACUGAGACUGCUUCUGUUUGCACUCUUCCCAAGAGUCUCAAACUAUUCCUCGCUGUCGAAGUUUGACAGUCAGUCUGGAGUAUGUCACCUGAUCACACUAGACCACUAUCUCACAUUUGCUGCACCAGAAACUAGCGAUGAAUCUAAUUGAAUGGACAAACUAUUCUUCGAUGUCGAAAUUUCACAUUCAGUCUGGACUCUGUCACCUGAUCACACUAGAAGACGAUCUCACCUUCGCUGCAGCAGAAACUAACAAUGUAUCUAAAUAUAUGGACUCGAGUGAACUUUGCAGAAUAUCUGUCGAUCGAUCUUCAUAGGAGGAGAACACAUCUCAAACGCACUGUCUGAUAUUCUGGACGCGCACUAGACCUGUAGACUUGUACCCUUCAGCUCUCAGCGCUUCGCCCCAAGGUUCGUCAGUCUCGAGCGUAAUGGCGUAACGAAUGUUCGUCAAUCUCCAGUCACGGGUCAUAUACGUCAGGGAGACCCCUGAUGUCAUCAGCCUCGCCCGAGUACUCACGAAUAGACUCCAGAAUUGAUGGUCUGGGCCGGGAUAUAGUGCUCAUAGAUCAACUAUCUCAUCAAAUUCCCCUGAAC